AUGGCCAACAGAGGACCCAGCUAUGGUUUAAGCCGAGAAGUCCAGGAAAAGAUCGAACAGAAAUAUGACACAGAACUGGAGAGUCGGCUGGUGGACUGGAUUAUCAUACAGUGUGGUGAAAACACAGAGCAUCCCCCUCCCGGAAGGCAACAUUUCCAGAAAUGGUUAAUGGAUGGAACAGUAAGUAAUAGUCUUGAUGUUGCAUCAAUAAUAAUAACAACGUGUGCUUUAAGAUUUGCUCCUUAACUUUUGCCCUCCGCAGCUCCUUUGGAGAAAGCUAAUCAAUUACCUUGGACAGUGUUUCCCCACCCCCCACCCCCGACAACAACCCUACUUCCAUAUAAACCCUGUAGAAAUCAUUAGGUAACAAAGUAAUAUUUUGGGAUUGGAAUUUAACUUUACAUUUUACCAAGAGUAUCAAUUUCAUUUCUAAACUGUUUUUCUCUUUUAGGACAAUUAAAAUAUUUAAAACAAUUGCUUAUUAUGAUCAGGAGGUUUUAGAAACAAUAGCCAGUAUAUGUGCAUAGAGACAGAUGGGCAGAUUAUAUAAUUCGGUAACUAUUUCUCUGACAAUUAGAAGAACAGAUUUGCUUUGCUUUUCUUUUUUUUUAGCUGAGCUUUUAAUACCAGGUUUAUCUUCUUUAGAAACCAGUCAGUGUUGGUUUUUAAAAAGAAAAGAAAAAGUAAAAUGUGCUAUGCUACAUUCCUGAUCUGUUUUUGUAAACAUCCUGAAGACUUUAAAUGACAUGUUGGAUUUAUUUUUUUUAAAAAACCAAAUAAGCACAAAGAUGCUGUCCUUUGCCCUGGAGAUAUAAGACAUGGCAAAUUAUUGAGCCUCUGUCAUUGUGUUUUUAACAGUAUACCAAAUGGAAGCACUUACAGUUGGACUCCAGCUACCGUUUUGCUCUCCCACACAACUGUCAAUUGUUAUGUAACCUUUAGCGAAUGAUUUGAUUUUGUCCGCCUGAGUACAUCCAUGCAUGUUUGGUCCAGCUGCAGAAAUGGAAGCUUUGGCUUGCAUUUUUUUUAAAAAAACUUAUUUGCUUCUAACACAUUCAGAAUUAUUCUAAGUUGUUAUUUGAUUUGAUUUUUGAGAAGAUUUCCUUCCGUGAGUGGCACCAGAGCACCCACACCAUAAACUCAAUAGCGUGUACAUGUUGUCUUUAGUCAGCUGGAACUAAUUGAUUUUCCCCCCUCUUCAUUUCUGCUUCUAUCUUUAAUCUCCCAGCUGCUGUGCAAGUUAAUAAACAGUCUACAUCCCAAGGGGAAAGAACCCAUUCCAAAGAUCACAGAAUCAAAGAUGGCUUUCAAGCAAAUGGAGCAAAUUUCCCAAUUCUUGAAAGCGGCAGAAAUCUAUGGAAUACGAACAACAGAUAUUUUCCAGACAGUGGAUUUAUGGGAAGGUACCAAUAUCCAUUUAUAUGAGCUUUUAUUGAAGGGACAAUUGCCUUCUUUAUAUUACACUACUUAGACUGAUGCUAAUCAUGCGCGUCUCUAGGGUGGAAAUUCCCUGAUGUCAUUAUCUUUCUCUUCUGUUUCUGUUGUGUCACAACCAUGUUUUUCCCAGCUUGUUAUCUUCUCUGAGAGAUUUUAUAUUUUUUUCCAGGAGUUUAUGACAUCUUUUGUACUAAUCCAUAACUGAAAAAUAGAUCACUUUGAUGGAAACCUAUCAAAUCUAAGAGAAAGGGUAGUUUCUAUAGAAGGUUCAGCAGAAACUGUGGUAAUAUCCAAUUUUCACUAUGAACAGUAUUCCCACAACAGUGUCCAUUUUCAUGCUUGAGUGAGGCGGUUAUCUAAAGUAACCUAGUCAGGGCAAACUGUUGGAUUGGGCCGGGCCUGGAACUGGAACUGGACCUGGACCGGAACCCCAAAUCUACAUGGUCUUACUCCAUCGCUGGAAGAUGGGGCAAUUCACAGCUAGCAUUUAGGCCAAAGAUAGGGAGACUAUGGCCCUCCAUUGUUGAAUUCCAAUUCCCAUCAGCCCCAGGCAGCAUGGUCCACAAUAAGGUUUCUGAAAUAAGGAACACGGUCUCAUUUCUAUGCUGCUGUUAUGCUCUGGAGUUAAAGCAUGCUCCUAAAUGCCAGGGGACAUCUAGUAACCUUGAAUGUUCAUACUCACACGGGAAAUAUCCACUAGCAAAGUACAGGACUUCUUUUAACAACUUAUAGAUCAACCACUAAUCCUCUUCUUGCCAAUAUCAAGCCCAAACUGUUAAGCAUGUUGUCCAUCACUUUCUGCAAGGCCCAUAGCUCUGUUGUAGAUCAACUGCUUUGCAGGUAGAAAGUUCUGAGUUCAGUCCUCAGCAUCUUCAGAUAUGAGCUGGGAAAGACUUCUUGUUUGAAACCCUGGAGAGCUGUUGCCAGUCAGUGCAGCCAAUAUUAAGCAAGAUGGGUCAAUGGAUCUGACUCAAUAGAAGACAGCAUCAUGUGUUCCUACCAUGAACAACAUGUGUGCAUUUUGAAGAUGUUUGCCCAACUGUAUGAUCAUAUUAUAACUCAGAAACUCAAAGGAAGAGAGUUGUACGUAGUCAUGUACAGCAUAUAGAGAAUUCUUGAACUAAAUUUUGCUAACACUUUAAGUUUUGGUCAGAAUUUUGGGUUAGGAGAUAGGAUUCAGAGUCAUUUGCGAUUUAGGCUGCAAUCCAAACCUCCCUUCCCUUUGCCGGUGGGGUUGUAUGGAGCAGUGAAACCACCACCACAUCUGUAGUUGUAGUCCUGCAAUGCACAGUGGGUGGGGAGCAGGCAGAUCACUGAAUCAGUCUGGGAGUUGGUGCAGCGAUCAGGUCCUAAGCCAUUGCAGGACAGCAAUGGAAUCAGCUCAGGGUCCAAUCCAUCCAGGGUCCACACUGGCUCAGUCUCUGUCAGUCACCCACGGAAUGCCUUCUUUUAAGGCUUUCCACUGGCUCCCACCAGCAGGAAUUUUGCCAGCGGCCUACCCACCAGCUGACACAUCCAGCAGGUGAUAGGAGGCUGGCUUAGCUGGGCAGAGGGAUAUCUCUGUUCAUUUCAACCCCAGUCAGUGGGGCGCAAGGAGGGGGUGCAGUGUUUUGGCCACUAGUGUUUUGCUUGUUUUCUGAGCUCAAGAUUGCAACAUCUUUCAUUUUCACAAUCUGAUUCAACAAUUUCCCUUCAUCUUUGAUUUGUUUUCCCUUCCUAAAACUCUCUCUCUCUUUGGAGGACUAGAGUUAGCGUCAACCCAUGUGAUGAUUUGAAUCCACUUUACACAACAAGUUGUUUCCCAGAACCUCUACUGGGUGUCUAUGUAUGUACACCUUCCAGAAAAGUAGCCAUGUUAAAAUCUUUUCACGCAUGACAUUUUUCUCACAUGGAGCUAAUCCCUGUGUAAGAAAAAGCAUGCAUGCAGCAGCUGUCUAAUCUGUGUACAUGAUUCAAGACAAAAACACAAAUCAGUUUUCACAACCAACUCAUUCUUCCGUUUUCUUUGGUUUUGAUUAUUUUCUAUUUCUUAGUCCUACGUAGCAAUCAACAAACCAUCCACUUCCCCUCCUUUCUGUUCAUUCUGUGUUUUAAAUUAGAUUAUGAGCUUGCAGGCUCGUCUAACCCAUUUACUGUGACUUUUGCAUCCAUGGUCCUUUUAUAGAUAUGUAAUGAUGAUAAUGGUCAGGAAGGCUUGAGACAGUGUCAGCUGAAAGCCCUGAAGAAUGUGACUACUAGCUCUCAGGGGAGAAGGCUGAAGCAAGCUCUUCUUCCUGUGGCUGAAGUCCAUUCUUGGGCUUAUUUACACAUUGCCCCCCCCCCCCCAAAAAAAGGCAAAUUGCAUGUGCUAAUUUAUAUGUAUUUGCAAAUAAUGACUAUAAUUUACACAGAAAUACAAUACUAAAAUAGGAUAAAUAGGUGGCCCGUUUGCCUGCUUGGUCCAGGUGCUAAAUAUUGAUGAGAAACGCUGCUCUCCUCCCUUUGUGUAGGAUCUUUAUCUGUAAGCUGAACUUGGACCAAACUUGGACCUCCUCAAAGAGGAUUGUGUUCUGUAAAGUAAGACAUAUGGCCCACCCUCUCAUUUCCCUUUUGCCUCCAUGGGGCAAGAUAGGGAGUAAUCCUACAGGAAGCUGGUGAAAAACAUGCAGGUGUAAAAUAAGCUCACAUAAAGAAGCACCAUAGCCAAACUGCAUUCAGCAAUGGAGCUGCUGCUGCUGCUACUCUGCCAAACCCUGGCAGAAGGGAGCCAUUAAAACUGUGCUCUGUGCCAGGUUGCCUGAUUACAUGACUGAGUGGAACAGGCUUAGGAUCCAGCCUUGGUCUGCUCUCUCUGGUGCUUCCUCUACCAUGACCUUGGAGUGUCCCUUUCUGGGGACUUACACUGGCCUCAGAUCAGUGAGCUUCACCUCAUUUGGGACGGGCAAGUUACGCCAGCAUAUCUUUGACUGAGCCAAGGUUGGAAAUUUAAUGUCAGCUGAGCCUGGCUGAGCAAAUGGACACAGAAUGUAGUGAGCUGAAUUUAACAUUCAGAAAAUGGGUAAAUGGGAGAGCUAAAAUUGAUGGAUUUGCCUAUCCCUGAUUAUAAUUAUUAUAAGGGACACGGGUGGCACUGUGGUCUAAACCACUGAGCCUUGGGCUUGCUGAUCAGAAGGUCGGCGGUUCGAAUCCUUGCAACGGGGUGAGCUCCCGUUGCUCGGUCCCAGCUCCUGCCCACCUAGCAGUUUGAAAGCACGUCAAAGUGCAAGUAAAUAAAUAAAUAGGCACUGCUCUGGUGGGAAGAUAAACGGUGUUUCCGUGCGCUGCUCUGGUUCGCCAGAAGUGGCUUAGUCAUGCUGGCCACAUGACCUGGAAGCUGUACGCCGGCUCCUUCGGCCUAUAGAGCGAGAUGAGCGCCACAACCCCAGAGUUGUCCGCGACUGGACCUAACGGUCAGGGGUCCCUUUACCUUUACCUAAUUAUAGAACAGGGGUAGGGAACCUGUAACCCUCCAUAUAGUGGUGGGCGCCAACUCCCAUAAGCCCCAGUCAGCAUGGCCAAGCAUCAGCAGAUGAUGAUAGCUGCAGUCCAGCCAUGUCUGGAGAGUCACAGAUCCCCCAGCCCUGUAAGAAAAGCUUAGAACAGAACUUGAAGAUCCUGGAUGUAUUUAUUCAUCAUUCGUUGAUCAGUUGUUCUGAGUUCCUGAACUGUACUGAGAUCAACUACUUGGGACAGCCAUUUUCAAACCAUGAUUUGCAGUGUGCUAUAACAGAAUGCAGGGCUGGAAAAGGCUUCUGCUUGGGCCAUUUGCAGGAGUUUAAAAUAUGUGUAUGUUUGUGGAACAUUGUGGGUGCAGGCUCCACUCUGUGUGUUCAUUAAAGCACCUGUGCUCCUGUUCAUUCAGCAAUAGAAGAUGUGUUGGAUGGAAUGAGGAGCUUGUUCCUAUGAUGCUCUCCCCUCCAUAUUUCUGGUACGUGUUUUGUGUUUGUGUUUUAUGUUUAUUACAUUUAUACACCACGCUUUCUUCCAAGGAGCUCAAGGUGGUCCACAUGGGUCUCCUCCUCCCCAUUUCAUCUCCACAACAACCCUGUGAGGAAGGUUUGGCUGAGAGACGGCGACCAGCCCAAGCUCACCAGCGAGCUUCAUGGCUGAGUGGGAAUUCAGUUUGGGGCUGAGAUUAAGAAAUCAUGUAGGAAUUUACGGUUGGGGUGAGAUUUGAACUAAGACACCUUCCCAGUUUAAAGCUCAGACUCCUGGCUCUCACACCAGCCUAAUUGAUCAAUUGACUGUAUUCCUAUGCUGUUUUAAAGGUAAAGGUAAAGGGACCCCUGACCAUUAGGUCCAGUCAUGGCCGACUCUGGGGUUGCGGCGCUCAUCUCGCUUUAUUGGCCAAGGGAGCCGGUGUACGGCUUCCAGGUCAUGUGGCCAGCAUGACUAAGCCGCUUCUGGCAAACCAGAGCAGCACACGGAAACACCGUUUACCUUCCUGCCAGAGCGGUACCUAUUUAUCUCCUUGCACUUUGACGUGCUUUCGAAUUGCUAGGUUGGCAGGAGCAGGGACCAAGCAACGGGAGCUCACCCUGUUGUGGGGAUUCGAACCACCGACCUUCUGAUCAGCAAGUCCUAGGCUCUGUGGUUUAACCCACAGCGCCACCCGCGUCCUGUUUUAGAUUCAAACAAAUCCUCAAACUGCUUGCAAAUGAUAAAUAACAAUAACAGAACAGAGCCUCACAAGUACAGCAUAAAUCAUAUAAUGUAAUUAACCAAUUAUUGGUAAAAUGACUUCUAAUCUGGUGCUCUGGCGAUCGUCAACAGGCUUGCACCAGAGCGUCCUUGUGCCAGAGUGCUGGACCAAAAAACCAGAUAUUCCAGGAUCCAAACUGAAGCCAGGAUUGGCUUCUGUGAUCCAGGAUAGCCUGCUUAAAAUGGGACACGGAUAUUUGGAAGCAUUGUGUGGUUGCAGAAUCUAGCCAUCAAAGGCCCUCGCCUCCUACUUUAAUGCUACCUCUUUCUGUUGCCCCAGACCAUCUCCCUGCCUUUGUUAAAUGAAGAUAGCAAAGCUGAUUUACUUUGGGACUGCUGGGAAGAUUAAUGAGUUGAAUGAUGUUUCUAACAAGGAUUGGUAUGAAAUCAGUGGCAGCCUAUUUCCACAAUAAACACAGUCACUUUCCUCUGCAGUAGCUCCAGCAGUGAGUUCUCUUUCCACACGCUGCGCUCCAUGGUUUUCAAUAUUGUUGUGCCACUUUAGAUUUGAGGUUAAGUGGGGUCACGCAUCAGUCUCUCUGCAAUUAGGUCAAUUUAAGGCCCCAUCUGCACUAUACAGAGUUCCUUGGGAAGAGGGUUUGACUGUUAAACCUCUUCGGGAAUCUUAGCUCUGUGAAGGGAACAGGGCUCUCAGCACCUUUAACAAAAGACAGGAUCCAGAAUUCUUUGGGAGAGGCACGGUUGUUUAAAGAGGUAUGAUACAGCUUGAGAUGUAUGGUGGAGAUGCAGACUAAGACCAAGCUUUGCAAAGGGAAGCAUUUUUAUGUGGAAAGAUUGGCUUGCUAAAAUGGGGAGACUGAGGGAUCAGUGUAGGGUCUUGUCUUGACACAAGGAAGGGAUCUGAUUGGUAGUGGAAGGGCAAUGAGUUCACUGGACAUGGAGCAAAGUGUGAGGCAUAAGCAGAGAAGGCGUAUGAGCGGUCCUAAGUUAAGUGUGCUGUAUACAGAGCUAUACACAGAAUGGGCAGGCCCAGACUUCAGUAUUCAUAGCUUUAGGAAUUAGGGAUGAAGGAGAAAUUUGAUUCAAUUCACCUUUAAAGACAAACUUAUCUAAUUCCAAAAACAAUUCAUCCUCCAAAAUUCACACUUCUCCAAAUUUUACAAUGUCAGGUAGCAUUCACAGAGAUGUGCACACUAGUGUAAAGUGUUGGGGGGGAAUGUAUAUAUGGGUGAAAAUAACACCCCAAACUGCACUGUAUUGGGGGGAAUUGCAGAACCACCCCAGUGUCAACUGCAAACCAUGCAGUUUGCAAGGUGAAAGAAGCAGCAGUUCUGGGUGAGGGAAACCCUGAUGGUGCCCAUGAGAUCAGAAGAGAAACAGAAAACAUAAUGGGAUAACAAAGCCUUGGGGAUUUCUGGGAUUGAACUGGUGUCUACAGUACUGUCAAAACUACAACCGAACAACGUAGCAGUAAAGAAUCUCUCUCUUCCUCUGCCUUUAUAGGGAAGGACAUGGCCGCUGUACAAAGAACUUUAAUGGCUUUGGGCAGCGAAGCUGUCACAAGGGAUGACGGAUGCUAUAGAGGGGAUCCAGCCUGGUUUCACAGGUAAGGAUCUAUAGCUCUUCCCUGGAUCCCCUGGGACCAUGUUUUGGGUGUAGACUAAAUGUGUCAAUCAGCACCAAAUUCACCGUUUGCUGAAUUCAUAUUGUCAAUCUUUGAGCAGGGUGGUUCCCAAACCUCCAUUCCCCCACCCACCCCAAUGGGUCACAUGAAAAUUGCUGAGAGUUUUGGUGGACCUCUUAAUUAUUUUUCUGUUGUUGUAGGAAUUCUAAUGCACUGGGAGGUAUGGCCUUAAAUUGUAUUUUUCCUAGGGCUGCUAUAUGUCCAGAAUUUGCUGGACCCUCUUUUUUUUGAGAUUUUGCUAAAAAAAAAGGCUCCACAACUUUGGCCAAUUUUUUUUUGAAAUAUGGCAACCCUAGUUAAUGGGUUAACCAGAAGGUUGGUGGUUCAAGCCCAUCCAGGGGCAUCUGUGGGCAGGAUUAUUUUUUAGCAAAAUCUCAAAAAAAGGAGAAGUUUUUGAGGUAUUUUUAGGGAAAUUCACCAAAAUCUACAUUUCCAACAUGGGUUGCAAUACAUCUGGAUUUUUCUGGACAUUUAAGUCAUUUCUGCCUGGGCGCUGUUACAGUCUGCUGAAUCCCGGCUACAUCUGGGAAAUUCCGAACAUAUGGCAACCCUACACUAACUGACCCAUUGCAUCACAUAAUAUAGUCAUCUAAUUGUCCACAGAUGAUUCUAAACUUCUAAAUAAAUUUCUAAAUUAUUUCCCACUGUAUUCAUAUAUGAAACCAGCAGGAGGAGGCGAUACUCCAGAGGCUGACUAACUGAAUGUUGGGGGUGGAAUGAAGGAAGAGUGCUAUGAAAGAUUGUCAUGAAAAGGCUGCUAGAAUUAUGGCACACGAGGCCCUUUUUCAAAUUCUGAUAAGCAGUUUCAUCCCCCUAGGAUAAUUCCAAAGACAUUUGUAUUCAUAAUCAAAUAAAUGUAUUGCAUGCUGUGUGCUUUUAAAAAUGGAGUCUUUCCUCAAAGUUUUGUUGUAUAACUCUAUUAUCCGAUAUGUGCAAAUUAAUCGGCAGCUGUGACUAAAUCAUCCAGAACCUGCAAUGAAACCUUUUUUAAAAAAUAAAAAAGCAAGUAUACACCAGAGUAAGAGAGCCAACUUUUCUGGACAACUCAUUGCAGAGUUGGCAUUUUAUGGAUUUUGUAACACCAGCUCCUGGGACAAUGGUGCUCAGUCUUCAACAUUCUUGCCUUAAUCUAGCAGAUCAUUUGGGCAUCCACUUAAGUGUUUUGCUGGAUGCUGGCCAGAUUACUUAAGACCUCAGCCAUUGGGAAAGCGUUAUAUUGAUUUGGCCAUGCUAAAAGAUUUUCCCCCUCUAUUUUGUGGGCAUAGCUAAUGCACCAACAGCAGCAAACCCAGGAGAUCUAGUUUUCUGAUCUUUAGGGUGGAUGGGAACCUUUCUAAGAAGGAUCAGAAGCUGUCUAAACUCUAGAACAGCCUUCCCCAGUCUGCUGCCUUCCAGAUACGUUGGGACUCAGCAGUGGCACAAUAGUCAGGGAUGAUGGGAGUUGUAGUCCAAUUGAAAACAUUUGGAGGACACCAGGCAGGAGGAAGGCUGCUCUAGUAGGAGUCUUUCUCUGAUCAUGCCCCACUUGCUUUGCCCUUUGCUGUCCUCUGGAUGAGAGCUACAAGACUUACUGUACCUGUGUUCCUUUUUAAGGAAAAUGAAUGCGAGGAAUUAAAGCCCAGAACAUGUACCACUUUAGAUCUGCUUCACCAAUCCACCUAAGUGCUCAAAGCGAUGUGCAAAUGAGAACUAACUUCAGGCUUGUCACAUUUACAAAUUCUUCUUCACAGGAAAGCACAAAAGAACCGGCGAGGGUUUUCGGAAGAGCAACUUCGUCAAGGACAGAAUGUCAUCGGUCUCCAAAUGGGGAGCAACAAGGGAGCAUCUCAGUCUGGGAUGACGGGAUACGGCAUGCCAAGACAGAUCAUAUAG